AUGUCUUUUUUCGAAGGAGACACGCGCAAGGGCGAACAGCCCGCGCCGCCGCCGCGGGCCCUCACCCCCGUCGAGAUCGGCGUCAUCAUCGGCACCAUCACCGUCUUCGUCGGCGUCGUCGGGACGCUGUUCUACUACCGGACGCGCAGGGCCAAGAAGCGCCGGGGCGAGAACGGCGAGAGGGUCGAUGACGGCGAUGAUAUUGACGAAGACGACGAUGACGAGGAGCGCCGGGUGCAGGGUCCGGGUCACAGCAAGAACGACGACGUGUCGUCCCGCGGCGAGGAUGAGAGGAGAGUGACGAGGCCGUCGCCGCCGCCGCCGCCUCCGCCGAGGACUCUUCCGCCAAGGAAGAAGAGGAUCUGGGACCCGUAUGAGGGACCCAAGAUGGAGGAGGCUGAUGUCGAGAGAGGCGAGAGCCACGAAAUGCGGCAAGGCAUGAAGCUUGAACAUCGAUAG